AUGGAGGGCCUCGACGCAACUGAACGUUACGAAAAGACCCUCGAUGGUCCGACGCCUUCUCUUCUAACUAUCGUCCUUGAUACCAACCCGCAUGCCUGGGCUUACCUUGCCAAUACGCUCCCGCUCUCCAAAGCGAUCGCGAACCUUUUGGUCUUUGUAAACGCACAUCUAGCCAUAAACUCAGCGAACCAGGUUGCGGUAAUAGCAAGCCACUCGCACCAAGCAACAUGGCUGUACCCUACACCACGCCCCUCCGGAAAGCGGGCAAAGACAAAUGGGCAUGCAGACGGUGAUGUCGAUAUGACAGACGGGUCCAACGCGUCCGGCACGUCCAUUGACGACGCGAAUAAAUACCGACCCUUCCGGACAGUUGAGACCGAGAUCAUGACAAACCUCCGCGCCCUCAUGUCAAAGACCAGCGAGUCGCACUUGCAAUCAACGACGACAACACUCAUCGCCGGCGCCCUCACGACAGCAUUGGCAUACAUUGCCAAAGCGACGCUAAAAUCCGCGCCCACGAGCACCGACGCUCACGUUAUCGCCGUACCCACAACAGCCACAGAAUCGCAGCACACGCGCACGAUGCUGACGUCGCGUAUCCUCGUGCUCAGCGUCUCCGGAGACCUCGCCUCCCAAUACAUCCCCGUCAUGAAUGCCAUCUUCGCCGCACAGCGGCAGCACAUACCAGUGGACAUUCUCAAGCUCGCCGGCGACACCAUCUUCCUGCAACAGGCCUGCGACGCCACAGGCGGCAUCUACCUGGAGCCGUCGGCGCCCCAGGGCCUGCUGCAAUACCUCAUGAUGGCCUUCCUGCCCGACAACACGGCGCGGCAGCACCUCGUGCUCCCCAGCGCCGGCGAGGUCGACUUCCGCGCCGCAUGCUUCUGCCACAGAAAGGUCGUCGACGUGGGCUACGUAUGCUCCGUCUGUCUCAGCAUCUUCUGCGAGCCGCUUGCCGACCAGACGUGCUUGACCUGCGGCACCAAGCUCGCCGUCUCGAGCACCAUCGGCAAGGUUCCCGCGCUCAUUCCUCGCAAGCGUAAGAAGAGGAAGAGGGUCGCUGGCGAUGCGACACCUUCGGCCACGCCGGCCGGCGGGGGCACGCCGAUUGGCGUGCAUGGUGGGACGCCUGCACCAUGA